UUCUGCUUCGCCUCUAAGCCAGUUUACCCUAAUACCCAAAAAACCUAAGUGUGGAAUAUUUUAAGAUGCUUUUGCAUUACGUUCUUUCAACUUGUUUUCAGUGAUGGAUCCUCCGCUGUUACCGGACGAAACGGCCGCAGCUCUAGGACGAGUCCUGCGAUGGAGAGAACAACUUCUCUCCGAGUCAGACAGCAGACAUCGGGCACAUGAUUACAAGCAGAAAUGGAAAAAUGUUUUACAGGGCUUUGAAUUCAACCCACAAUGUAAACAAAAAGAAAUCGAAAAAGAACACCUGUCAAACUGCGGAAAGGAGAACGGCGAGGCAAAUGCACCCAAGCUCAUAAUGCAACGUGUGAUUAUCUCUGGAAGCGUAAGUGAGGAGACUGAAGUGCAUAUCGUCAAGUGCGAUCCCGGCUCAACAGUUCGGGAGUUUGAGUGGGUUAGUGAGGACGGCUUUGCUAUGACGCAUUGGAUUAAGGAGAAACCUGAAGAGAUGGCGACAAGGGAACGGGAAUCAAGGGAUGACGUGUCACCUCAUGAUACGUUCGUGUACGGAUCUGACAUUGACUUCAUGCUCGAUGUUGGGCCGGUGAAAUUGGAGAAAGGACCGGUGAACUUGGAGAAAGGACCGGUGAACUUGGAAAAAGGACCGGUGAAAUUGGAGAACGAACCGGUGCAGAAAGACCGUAACACAAAGCAGAGCUGUCUAAAAACCCUGACGACCAUUAUGGGGCAUUGGAAAAAGUCUUCUCGGGAUAAAACAGCCCGCGAUGGCCCCUUCACUGCGAGGGUUACCACUAGCUCAGUGCAAGUAACCUCAUAUAAAGUACUGCCUGACUCCGACACAAAGCAGUGUAGUUCAGAGACUCUGCAAAAUAACCCCAGCACAAAAGCAAACUGCUCUAGAGUCCAGCGAGAGGACGGCAGCACAGACUCAGAAGGUCCAGACAACAUUCUCACUCUUCAUGCAGAAGAAAUCAAAGAUAAGUCGGGUUUCUUGGAGAUCUCUCAGGACCUCCCGCGGGAGUCUGACGUCUCUGACAGACGUGAAUUAUUUACAUUCCAAUGUCUCAAAUCACAUAUAGCCGCAGCUGUGAAAGAACAUGUGAAAUGCAUCGAAGAGGAUCGCAGGGGGCCGAACAUUGUAGUAACCUUCAAUGAUGACAUGAUUGACCUCGUCCCCUGUCUCCAGUACCCCGGGAGGGUCAGUGACGAGUUUGUGAACCGAGAGCGACCGUCGGGGCAGCCGAGCAAAGACUUGGUGAAGAAGCUCAGUGAGAUGUCAAUCCACCUGGUUGGUAUACAUGGCCGUUUCCGUAAAUCAUUUUCACGUCUCGAAUCGGAGGUGAUCCGUUCUAUGACCAAGCCCCAGCGGAUCUGUCUGGUCCUGCUCAAACACUGUGCGGCAGUGACGGGAGGUAGGCAGCACGCAUGGGACAAGGAAGCUCCGUUGAAGAGCUACGAACUGAAGACGGCAAUGAUGUGGGUCUGCGAGCGACGUGCGCCAGAGCUCUGGACUUGGGACGGGAUGCUGGCGUCGAUGAAGGCCGUUCUCGACUAUCUUCUGGAUUGUGCGGAGCAGGGUGAUCUGCCGUGCUUCUUCUCUCGUGAGAUCAACCUGUGGGAAGAUAUAAGGCCCGAUACUAGAGCGGAAGACAGAUUCGCCAAAUGGUCUGCAGUGUUCAGGCUACAAGUUCUGCUGCCGUGCGCCAUCCAGCUGCUGUUGGCUGGCCUGCUGAGCUCGAGCCAGGCGCCGCUGAUGCGCCACCUGCUGAACCUCCCUCUGGACGCGCAGCAGAUGCUCUGGUGUUGCUGGAAGCGCAGAGUCGACGACCUCUACCCGACGAACCCGUAUCAUGACGGGAAGAUUGACCCGCAUGACUUGUGCUGCGAGCUGUACCCGGCGGCGGUGGAGGGCCGCCUCUGGUCGGAGCAGUUCCUCGACACCUUCCGCUGGGAGUCGCUGCCGGCGCGCUGCAGGGAGCCCGACUGGUUCGCCGAGCAUGGCCGGGACACGGACAGCGAGGGGGAGGAGGAAGACAGAAAAGACAAGGACGGAGAAGGAGAAGAGGAAGGCAGAGAAGACAAGGACAGAGAGGGAGAGAACGAACGCAGAAAGGACAAAGACGGAGAGGGGAAAGAGGAUCACAGAAAGGACAAGGAUGAAGAGGGAAAGGAGGGGGACAGCGAGGACACAAACAGUGAAGGAGAGGAGGGGGACAGAAACGACACGGACAGAGCGGGAGAGGAGGAGGGCGGUGUGGCCGGCGCGAUGAAGACUGGGAGCGGCAGGGGGGAGGUCACCGGAACAGCUGAGAAAGGGGGAGAGGAAACGGGAAAGAGGAGCCCGGACAUACAGGAUGACGAGAGUGCUACGACUUCCGAAGAAGUGAGACUAAACGGAUCAAGGUCUUUAAGAGGCGUCAGCGAGCAGACUCCACCAGAUCAGACGCUCAGCCCACCUCACAGUCCCUCAGUCAUGCCGAAUCAGGCUCCCAGUCUGGACAACCAGACUGUCUCAGACCUCAUUAGUCUGGACGGCCAGACUGUCCCGGUCCCCAGUAGUCUUGGCGGCCAGACUGUUUCGGUCCCCAUCAGUCUGAACGGACAAACUGUCCCAGUCUCCAUUAGUCUGAACGGCCAGACUACUCCAGUCUACGUAAGUCUGGACGACUCGACUGUCCCAGUCUCCAUCAGUCUGAAUGACCAGACUGUCCCGGCCUCUAUCAUUUUGGAUGGCCAGAUUGUCACGGCCUCUAUCAGUCUCGAUGGCCAGACUUUCCCGGUCUCCAUCAGUCUGGACGGCCUGACUGUCCCGGUUUCCAUCAGUCUGGACGGUGAGACUACCCGACUCUAGUGUCUAACAAACAGUGGAGAUGAGACUACCCGACUCUAGUGUCUAACAAACAGUGGAGGUGAGACUACCCGACUCGUGCCUAACAAACAAUGGACCGGGCCAGAUAACCUCGACUCCGCCGGACCUCAAAUUCAGCGCACUGUGCAAGUCGUGGACUUCUCACAGCAUGUGGACAUUCUCUAUGAUGACAGGGAAAGCUUCUUCGAUGGCAUGACCUGUGUUUGUGUAAUGUGUAUCUAUCGCAAUGUGCAGAGCGAGUUUGUAUUGAUGUGUAUGUGUUGUGCACACACAUAUGGGUAAUUUCAUUUUUAUGCCAACUGAACAACUGGUGUACACGGCACCCCCUCAGAUAUUUACGAAAAUAACUGAUAUUUACGAAGUAAAAUUUCACUUUUAGUUGUUGAGUUGGCAUGGAAUGGCACCUAUGUAGGCUGCAUUCGUGCUUUUGUGCUUUCUUGUUACCUUGUGUGAUGGUUACUACCGUUAUCCGUAAAUGCCUCUGUAAAUUUGGCUGUGUAUGUAUAGUUCUUCUAUAUUUUUUUAUAUUUAGCAGAGUGAAAAUACGCUUAGUAAGUAGGUCCAACUACCUGCAGUGUACACUGCACACAUCGCUAUUGAAUUGAAAGACAGUAGCCAAACUAACAAUGAAAAUUGUACUUAACCUGUUAUGUGGUUAUUGGUGUAUGUAAAUCUGUGCUUUUGCCUGUCUUGCCAGUAGAAUUGUGUGCCGACUGCAACGAUGUAUGCUGUUAUUGAAACAUGGAAAUGUAUACAGGGUGUAACGAAAUUA